AUGGCUACUGCUUCAACCGCAGCUACCGUGGCACUCUUCUUCCUGGUUACCCUCUCGGCUUCCCAUGUUGCAUCGUCCCUUCGGCCCAGCCUCGAUGUAUGUCACGCCAGUGGUUAUCUCCCAGGAAAGGCUGGCAAAUGCGAAAGGAGCAAUGACCCGGACUGUUGCGAGGAUGGAAAACAGUACCCACAAUACCACUGCUCCCCGCCGGUCACUGCAGCCACAAAGGCCGUCCUCACACUCAACAGUUUCGAGAAGGGCAAGGACGGCGGUGGCCCCUCGGAGUGUGAUAAGGCCUACCACAGUGACAAGGAAAUGGUUGUUGCGCUCUCCACGGGUUGGUUCAAGAAGAUGGCUCGUUGCGGCCACAAAAUCAAGAUCACCGCCAAUGGUAAGUCCGUGUAUGCUAAGGUGGUGGACGAGUGUGACUCUGUGUACGGUUGCGACGGUGAGCAUAACUAUGAGCCCCCUUGUGACAACAACAUCAUUGAUGCUUCACCAGCAGUGUGGAACGCCCUCGGUCUAGAUCAAAAUGUUGGUAUGGAGGAUAUCACCUGGUCGGAACAGUAA